CUAUGUGUCCUAAGGCACAUGUUGACCACUGUGCCUCCUGGGACCCUGGACUUUGGCUGUUUGCAGACUUUGCCCUGCCCGGGCCAGCCAGGCUCUGGGUCAGCAUGGCUGGCUGCGUCUUGCUGCUCCGGGGCCUCUUUCUCGCCUUCAUCCUUACCCUUGCCCUGCACCAGGUGGAGCUUUCAGUCUUUCUCCCAGCAUCAGAGGCAAACAAAGUUCUGGUGAGAUGGAAGCGUGCUGGUUCUUACCUCCUGGAGGAAAUCUUCGAGGGCAACUUGGAAAAGGAAUGCUACGAGGAGAUCUGCAGCUAUGAGGAAGCAAGAGAAGUUUUUGAAAAUGACAUCAAGACUGAAGUAUUCUGGAGACGGUACAGGGGUGGUUCUCCAUGUGUCUCCCAGCCCUGCCUCAACAACGGGACAUGCAAGGACCACAUCCGCAAUUACAGCUGCUCGUGCCCCACUGGCUACGAGGGCAAGAACUGUGCAAUGGCUAAAAACGAAUGUUACCUAGAGAGGAUCGAUGGCUGCCAGCACUUCUGCCAUCCAGGGCAGUCAUCGUACAUAUGCAGCUGUGCGAAGGGCUACAAGCUGGGCAAGGACCGCAAGUCAUGCAGUCCAAGUGACAAAUGUGCCUGUGGGGCCCUGACUUCCAAAGACAUCAGGACACCAGAAAGAGGCGACCAGUGUCUACCUAGCUUCCCGUGGCAGGUCAAGUUAACAAAUUCCGAAGGAAAGGAAUUCUGUGGUGGCGUUUUAAUACAGGAAGACUUUGUGUUGACAACAGCAAAGUGUUCAUUACUACACAUCAAUAUUAGUGUAAAAGCAAAUGCUGGCCAGAGGAUUGGGAUCAGGAGAGCUCAUGUGCACAUGCGCUAUGAUGAGGAGUUGGGGGAGAACGACCUCUCACUGUUGGAGCUGGAGAAGCCCUUGCAGUGUCCCAGCUCUGGGCUCCCUGUCUGUGUCCCAGAGAGGGACUUUGCUGAGCAUAUCCUCAUCCCUAAAACAGUGGGUCUCCUCAGCGGCUGGAUGCUCGGUGGCACAGGCCUGAAUGCCACACCAGCGACGCUUCCUGUCACACACGUGGAUAGGGAGGAGUGUGCACAGACCCUGAAUGUGACUGUCACAACCAGAACCAGCUGUGAGAGGGGCAUUGUGGCGACUGGGCCUUGGAUGGAGGGAAGUGUGGUGACCCGAGAACACAAGGGGACCUGGUUCCUCACAGGAAUCCUGGGUUCGCCACCACCACCAGGGCAGUCGCACGUGCUCCUCACCACAGUCCCAAGAUAUUUGAUGUGGUUUAAACAGAUUAUGAAGUAACUGAAAUCCAACAACAUGGCUACAAGACGGUCAGGUCCUGCCAUAGUUAACCACUGGA